AAAAUGUUGUAUUUUAAUUCAUUAAAACACGUAUUACUCACACGUAUAUUUAAAUAAGUUUUGAAAGGUAAAAUUCAAAUGUUGGCAAAAACAGUUCAGCAGCUGUGACUGUAUGUUUCACACGGACUUGUUUUGGAGACGCACCGAAAAGCCCGGGUUAGACCAGCAUGGAGGAGAAAGAGGGCAGACAUCAGAGCCUGUGAGGUUCAAUGAAAUAACCAGAUAGCUCAUGUGGAGGAGCUUGCUGCUGAGGGGCUCCACCUGUCUCCUGCAGGUGGCAGCCCCAAGGUUUCUCCAUCAGAGACCCCUCCUACCCCUCAGUGUGAGACUUCCUACCCAGACUCCCCUUCCUUUGACCCAGAGGCUCCUUCACAGGCCUCCCUGUGGCUCAGAGCUGCAGGGUAAAGGCUGCUUCCUGGCACACAGUGGUACCAGGGCUUAUAAAAAGGAUGCAAAGUCUUCCGUGGAGAUUCCUGUGAGCCCCAUCACAGUCACAGACAUCAAACAGUAUCUGCGCUCCAAAGACAUUCCCUUCCACGAUGGCUACAGCUGCCUCCACACCCCGAGCAUCUUCUUGGAGCCGUCCGCCAGGAGGGACAGCUUCUCCCUGUUCGUCGACAAAACCACCGGACAGUUUCUGUGUAAGGACACGAUGGUGGAAGGGAGCUGGGAGGAUCUCCAGGACUGCCUGGAGGUGAUGCAGAAGGAGGAGCAGGACUUCCUCACCCCCCAUGUGCUGCUGGGAUACCCAGAGAGUGUGGAGGAGCAGGAGGACAGGGAGAGGGAGCUGAGGGAGGUGCAGAGGAUCUGGUCCAGCUCUGUGCCCUUCUCUGACCUCCCUGAGGACGAGGCUCAGCUGGUCAAAACCAUGUUCCAGAUCACAAAGGUCUCUAAUGCAACCCUCAAGAGGUUUGGCGUGAGGCUCUUCAAGCCCACCAAGAGUCUGGUGUUUCCCUGGUUCGGUGGACCCGACUCCUCCCUAAAGGGGGUGAAGCUUCUCUCCGCCCAAACCACAGACACUGACAAAGUCACUUAUAAUGAAGCUACCGUCCCAAAGAGUAACUCGUACUACAACCUGUUUGGCCUCCCUCUGGUGGGCCGUAUGGACGCCGAGGUGGUGCUGACCGGUCAUGAGCUGGACACCCUGGCUGUGAGUCAGGCCACGGGACUCCCCAGUGUGGCUCUCCCACGCGGGGUCAGCUGCCUCCCUCCGAUCCUGCUGCCUUACCUGGAACAGUUCAAGAGGGUGACUCUGUGGCUGGGAGACGACAUUCGCUCCUGGGAGGCUUCAAAGAUCUUCUCGCGGAAGCUGGGUCUGAGGCGCUGCUCGCUGGUUCGGCCCGGGGAGUACCGGCCGUGUCCCGUGGAGGCGCUGGCCCAGGGGAAGAACUUCAGCCACAUCAUCAAGUCCUCCAUCCCAGCGGCCCACAAGUCCAUAGUGUCCUUCAAGCAGCUCAGGGAGGACGUGUACGGGGAGCUGGUGAACACGGAGCAGGUGGCCGGGGUGAAGUGGGUGAGGUUUCCGGAGCUCAACAGGAUCCUGAAGGGACACCGCAAGGGGGAGCUGACUGUUUUCACAGGUCCUACUGGCAGUGGGAAGACCACCUUCAUCAGUGAGGUCGCCCUGGACCUUUGCAUGCAGGGCGUCAACACGUUGUGGGGAAGCUUUGAGAUCAACAACGUGCGUCUGGCGAAGAUCAUGCUGACGCAGUUCGCCGAGCAGAGGCUGGAGGAAAACCUGGAGCAGUACGACUUCUGGGCGGACAAGUUUGAAGAGCUGCCGCUCUACUUCAUGACUUUCCACGGGCAGCAGAACAUCAAGACAGUGCUGGACACAAUGCAACAUGCUGUCUACCUUUAUGAUAUCAACCACGUCAUCAUCGACAACCUGCAGUUCAUGAUGGGGCAGGAAAACCUCUCAGUAGACAAGUUUGCAGUCCAGGACCACAUCAUCGGAGCAUUCAGGAAGUUUGCCACCAACAGCAGCUGCCACGUCACUCUGGUCAUUCACCCGAGGAAAGAGGAGGAUGACCGAGAACUGCAGACCGCCUCCAUCUUUGGUUCAGCAAAGGCCAGCCAAGAAGCCGACAACGUCCUCAUUCUGCAGGAGAAGAAGCUGGUGACGUCUCCCGGCCGCCGGUCCCUGCAGGUGACCAAGAACCGCUUCGACGGAGACGUGGGCAUCUUCCCUCUGGAUUUCAUCAAGUCUUCUCUCACCUUCGCUGCUCCCAUCAAAGGCAAGCACAAGCUGAGGAAGGUCGCCGCCAAGCCGGAAAACGAGGAGGACGAGGACGAGAGGAGCGAGGUGACGGUGAAGAAGGAAGAAGUCAAAAAAGAGAAAACGUCCAAAACGACAAAGACUCAAAGAACUAUUAAGAAAGGGAAUGAAAGCAUGGAGAAGUAACUAUGAUAUAGUAUAUAAUACAGUUUAACACCUCCACAUUUACAUUUACAUGUUAGACAGUUUUAUGUCCAUAACAGGUUUAAUAAAGAUGCAAAAUGAUUGUAAUUCACAAUGAAACGUAAAAAUAAUCCAGAAUGAUUUGAGAUAACUAAAGGUUCAUUUCAAUAUGGAAUGAAGUAUGGAUGUUUCAACCAGAAAGUGAAUGAUGGUUUAAGUGUAAGUAUAUGAUAAGCUUUUCUAUGCAGGUACUACUGUAUAUUAUUACUGUUAAAAGUGUUGGUAAAAUACUCCUAAACACAUUCUUCAUUUCACAAAAAAAUACUGUGACACCAAGCUCGAUACGGUUUUCAUGGAAAUGUUAAACACUAUCACACGAUCACAUUAUUGAGUGUGCUCUCUACUGACUUUUUGUACAAAUAUGAUUUAUUGAAUGAGCUGCUUUCUUUUUUUUUUAAAUAAAAUGUUUGUCAUGCA